UUGUUCUCAGUGUGGUCGGCUCUAACAGUUCUCAAACAUGAAGAUGAAGAAGAGCAUUUAUACAGUGCUCAGAUUCUUAUUUCUCAUUACAGGCUUCUCUUUGGUAUGCCUGGGAGCCUUCUAUAUAUCUUCCAGCUAUGUGUGUAACUGCAAGAGUGACAGAAUACUGGCCUACUUUCUGCUGCCCAUAGGAUUUAUCCUGCUCCUGACUGGAAUUUUUUGGAGCACUUAUCAUGAGGCAAACCAAAAGAGCCUGUUCCACAGUAUGAUCAGGAGAAUCCAUAGCCAGCAGGAAGUCCAUGUUGAGACAGUAGACAGGCCAGAUUUCUAUCCGCCAUCCUACGACAGUGUAAUUAAUGAAAUUCGGCAGCAGCCAGACUCAGGCUGUGAACUGAGAGUGCUUGAAGAAGGACUCAACAUCCCCCCUCCGCUAUACACAGAGAGUGCAGUGGACAUUGUUGAUGAAGUUUAUACUUGUAAUGAUUCUCCACCCUCAUAUGAGGCAUCGGUGCAGUUGUCUAAUAUUGAAUCCAGCUCCGAGAGAGAACCAGGUUCUAUCGAUGGUGAUAACUCUGAGACAUGUGACUGACUGUAUGCGCUUGAUUAAGACUGUUUGGCAAGCAUGUAGAUUCAAAUGCAACAUGCCUAGCUCGCUGAUAUUAAGGUAGCCCAUCACAGAGGUGCCUGCAAGCAUUUGUGAAAAAAAGGUCGCUUGUGAUGCCCAUUGCAGAACGAGUGAAAGAAAACAGGAUAAGAGAAAAACAUACUGUUUAUAUCAUGUUACAGAUAAAAUUUCCGAUAGCUCAUCGAUCGGUCAAAGUAAGAAGCGGAAUGUUCAUCUUAUCUAACAACUGUCAAUGGUUGUGUGGGCAGUGCAUAGAAAUGCAGGUUGUGGGUCACUGGGGUGGGUCCAGGAAAUUGGACCCACACAGGUUCUACAGCCGUUACUGCGAUUUUUCAUAUAUUUAGUUCUGUUUAUAUUUGUAAAGAUGCUACAAUGCCAACACAAGUAAACAACAAAGGAAAUGUAUUUCUGUAACAGACCUACAGUACAUGCAUACACACAUAUAUGUGCAUAUAUAUAUAUAUAUAUAUAUAUAUAUAAAAUAUGGGAUUGGACACACCUGCUGUGUCGGUAGUGUAAACAUGCAGGGCUAGAUACUGAUGUACCAGUAUUCCAGCAAUACACAUUCUACAUAUCUGGGUUACAGGUUAGUCCUGGAUUUACCCCAAUGGUGCAGAAAUAAAGGAACUGUGUUUCUGAGCCUUUCAUAGUCCAUAACUGCACUUCUUUCAUGGUACAUAUAAUGCAGUGAUCCCCAAUCAGUAGCUUGUGAGCAAUAUAUUGCUAACCAUCUCUUUCAAUGUUGCUCCCAGUGGGAGAGUGGGAAAUUUCUAGCUUGGAGGCAUGUUUUGGAAGCCCAGAGACACAGUUUUACUCCAAGCAGAACCUCCUGUUGUGUAAAGUUUGUCUUUUUGACUGUUUAUGCUCCUGUAUUAGGUGCCUUUAUUUUUCCUGGUUGGAAUUACUCACAUGAUUGUAUGUCCUUGUAUGUAAAUAUUGUAUAAUAUAUUACAUUGUAUUUUUAUACUAAAUAUAUAUUUAUAUUAAAAGUG